AUGGCUGAAUAUUUUAUUGACAUCCCAAGUGAUUAUUGCUGCCCGAUAACCGGUGAGCUAAUGGAAGAUCCAGUUUUAGCUCCAGACGGACAAAGUUAUGAGCGAGCAGCGAUUACCGCUUGAUUCCAAAGACAAAAAACCAGCCCUUUAACCGGUGAGAAUUUAAAAAGUACAUUCUUAAUUGAUAACCAUAGGCUAAGGGCAAUAAUUCAGAGUUUCAAGGAAACAAUGCCCGAAAUUCAAAGGGAAAAUCAAGUUAAAAGGGAUUUAUUAGAGGCUAUCAAAAUAAGAGAAAAUUACUUUGAAGAGGCUGGUGUGUGAUUUUUGCUCUGCAUUUUUUGAUAUUCAGACAGUUGCCCAGGCAAAUUUGUAGGUUUUUUUUUUAAUAGUUCUAAUAGUUUAGUAUUUUAAUUUAUUGCUCCACAAUUAAAAAUGGAAUGAAUGAGUUAGGGGUUCUGUCCCCUAUACUCGUCCUAGUGAGGGAAUUUCAAUCUUUCUGAAGGAAAUCAGAGUUGGGACUGCUCCGGCAGCCCCAAGAGUACUUGAAGCACACUCAAGGAACGAAGAGAGACUCGUCCGGGCCAUAGGCAACUGUAACAGUUCGACGGUUAGGCCGAUUCCACCUACCGUUGUUCAGAGCUGUUAGCUAGUGGAUGGAAUUCAUGGAGGAAGAGCUUGUUUUGAUAGAUCCUAAGCUAAGUGGGGGUCUACAAGGAGUUAUCGUAAUCUUAAUCUUAAUUUAUUGCUAGGUAUGCAUAUGACUGCCAAAACAAGCAAAAAAAACGACAAAUAACUCUUUGAAGACCACAUUAGAAAAGGGCAAGAACAGAUUGAAAGUAUCAGCGAUUUGCUAAGAGUCGAAAAAGAAAGAAACCUUUUAUAUGAAAGUAAGCUAGCUGCAUAUAAAAUGACUAUUAAAAGCCAAAAUAAUCAGAUUGAGUCCUUGAAGGCAAAUUUAGAGCAUUAUGCCAAAAGAUUUAAAGAAAAAUACGAUGAAGUAAAAUGGCUAAAUGAAGAAUUGAGAAAAGCUCUCGAUAAUAAAAGUUUCCUAAAAGAAGAAUUAAGCAUUAAAUCUGAUGGACGAGCACAAAUUAAAACAGAAUCUGAAGCCCAAGAUACUUGCAAAAUGAUUUGUGGAUUGAGCCCAGAAAUUGAGAAAAUGAUUGACUGUUUGAUUAAUGUUAAAUUUAAAAUACUUAUAGAUGAACUCAUAAAAAUAGAAACAGUUAUUGGAAGGGAUGAUGAUUCUAGAAGUCUGACUGUGUAUCAGCUAAGAGAAAUUAAAGUGUCCCUUUUUGACUUAAAAUUAAAUAUUGAGAAGAGCAAAAGAGAGCUUGAGAAUUGAAGGGAAGAGCUUCAAUGAGAAACGCAAAAGAAAUUCCAGAAUUCUUCUGGAGAAUACAGUAAAAACCGCCUAUCCCUCCAAGAGAUAAAUGCAAUAAAUUUAGGCUCAGAAACUGAGCAAUAUUUAAGGAGAUCUUGGUCAGCUGAUAUUUCUGCUUUUGAUUUAUCAACUAGUAGAGUUGAUCAAAUGAUGCCUAUUUAUCUUAUUGAGAAGGAUAAGAAUAGCAGGAUCAAUCUGAUUGUUUAUAAUACAGAAAAUCGUAUAGAAGAAGCUAAAUGAGUAAAUCCUCCAGAAUGAAUAGAUGAAUGCUCAUGUGCAGCUCAGCUUCCAACCCAUGAAAUCUUUUGCUUUGGUAAGGGCUAUCCUCCCUCUGGUGUUUCACUAAUAAUUGAUGUAAAUCUGGGAGUUCGAAUGCUCCCAUCUGGAACUCCUUGCUCCUAUUCUUCUGCUAUUUAUUUCAAUAAAAAUAUUUAUUGUUUCGGCGGAAUAGAUAGUUAUAGCGACUUAACUCUUUCAGAGAGAUUUGAUUUGAAUGAAAAUCGAUGAAUCAAAUUGAGGCCAUUGCCAAAUUCCGAUUUCUCUUGCAAUUCUAUAGUCUUUAAUGGGGAUAUUUUGAUUUCUGGAGCGAUGUCUUGCAAUCUUUUGCGAUACUCAAUUAAUAACAAUUCCUUCACAAGAAUCCCUUUUAGAUUUUCUGAAAAUAAAAGAAAGAUUUUGAUAGAUUUGGGAAAAUUAUACCUGAUUGAAUGUGGUAAUGGGAAAAUUUAUGAAAGCAAAUUUUGAGAUGAGACUGUUUGGGAGCAGAUAGGAAGCUCAAUAAUUAGUAUGAAGUAUAGCCAAGUGUAUUGCUCAUACAACAGAAGAGCUAUCUUCAUUGGAUGCAGAAAGCCUGACAAAUAUUAUAAGUUUAGUUUAGAUGAUAAAAUAAUGGUUAAUCUUUAA